UAAUGGAGCUAUGGAGACUGCCGUUACGAGAGAUGAUUCUGUAUGCUUAUCAGCGAUUCUCACGUGUCUCGUACUCUCGAUCGUUUACGUCGCGAGCCUUUACGUGUGGAAUUCACCGCACCCCAGAGAACAUUCCAGUACGAUAAAAAAACGAUUUUUCAGCGUUUUCAUCAUGACUCUAGUCUCACCUGCAUCCCUUUACUUUGGCAUGAGCGAACAAGUGUUUCAAAAAGCUACUAUAUGGGAAUUGAUGGGUCUGCGAUGGCCAGGAUUCAUUCAAGCAGCCUUUGUGUCACUGUCUCUCACCAUGAUUCUAUUUUUGGGACCUCUUAGCGUACAAGCUGUCAACGGACUGUGGCGACUAUACACCGAGCCCAUGUACUGGGUGGAAAGCGCCAAAACUCUUAUUUGGUGGAGAAAUCAAGUAGUUGCUCCACUCUCAGAAGAAUGGACAUUCAGGGCUUGUAUGCUGCCAUUGCUUUUGCAAUGUUUUAAUCCAACUACUGCCAUUUUUAUAUGCCCAUUGUUUUUUGGGGUUGCUCACUUUCAUCACGUUGUGGAAAGAACGAGAUUGGGCAUGGAUUUCAAAGCAGCUUUAAUAGUAUCGUGUUUUCAUGUCAGCUAUACAACGUUGUUCGGAGCAUACGCUGCGUUUUUAUUCGCAAAAACUGGGCACUUUGUUGCGCCAUUCGCAGCUCACUCUUUUUGCAACCACAUGGGAUCACCCGAUCUCUUGGAGGUCAUUGACUGCAAAGAUCCCCUGAAGAGGGCCGGUUUACUUUGCUUAUUCGUAAUUGGCCUCGUAGCCUGGUGUUUUCUAUUAAAUCCAUUGACGAAUCCCGCCUGGUUCAGCAAUAACUUGUUUUGGCAUAAACAUUUUUAAUGAAUCAAUCGAAUGCGGAAGUUCGAGUUAUUAGAUUGAAAUAAUUGAUAUCACCAUAGUGCCUCAAUGAAUUUUUAUUCAUUACUCGAUCUUGUCAAAUACCUUAUUAGUACAGUAUGCGUGCGUGAGGGUGUGUUGUGUGUUCGAGUGAAAAAGCGAAGUAUCUUUGACGCCAAAUAAUAAAACCCGGAUACCGCCGGAAAUCUUUUCAAGUACUUACCGACAUUUUUACAUUGAAUAUUCCCGAAAAACUUACGAUUAGUGAUGAAAGUAUGAAAAAUUCUCGUUUUCCAUCAAUUAAAUACGAGUAUAAAAUGAAAAAAAACGCACACGCAUCAAUGCGAUCCGGGUGAUGAAAUUUGAAACCUAUCAAAAUGACUUGGCCAUGAAAAUUGAUGGCAUCGAAUAUUAAUCAAAAUUUUCCAUUUUUUCAUUCGAAGUGCUCGUUCGCAGUUGCCAUUUUAAUAUAAAAAAAAAAAAAAAACAGUAUCAAA